AUGGCCACAAGGAGGCGCUGCGGGUGGAGAUACCGAUGCUUCCGGCGAUAUUCACCGGCACCGGUGACCUCUUCGCCGCGCUUCUCCUCGUCUGGAGCGACCGCCACCCCGAGGACCUCCCACUUGCGUGCGAGAAGGUGCUCUCUACGAUGCAACACGUCCUGCGGCGCACGUUCAAGGCCGCGCAGGACAUGGCGGGCGAGGGAGUCAAGCCGAACAAGGCGCAGCUAGAACUGAAGCUCAUACAGAGUCUGCGAGACAUUGAGAAUCCACAACUCACCAUCCGCACAACAAAGCUCGACAUUUGACCCCUGCGUGACCUCUGGAGGUCGGCGGGCGGCGGUGACCUCAGGUCGUCGGGUCGCGCCGCGCGGGAUGAGCGAUGCGGGGGAGUCGGGAGCGUACCUGUGGCGCCAUCUAUGUAGGGGGCGCUGUGAGUUCGUACCCGUGGCGCCCUCUGCAUGCGAGAGCCGCAGUCGCGACCGGCGUUCUUGUUUUUAUUUUGUGUAUCGAAAAUCGUUAUCGUGUUGUUUUCGACUUAUUUUUUCUCUGUUUUUAAAAAUAGAUUAUGAUUAUACAAUUAACUUUAUUAUCGUCAACUGCAAAUCGGGUAUUAACGUAGUCGUCACUCGGUUUGCUUUCGCCCUCGCGGGUUUUCAGUGUGGAGGCGAUUCGACCAGCGGAUGCAAUCGCUGUUCCGAAACACAAGCACAUUACGCAGCUGCGAGGUUUAGCGCCCUCUACGUUGGGCGUCGCUGAGCGUAGAUGGCGCCACCUGCCUGCGUGUUCGUACGGGUGACUGUAUAUCGAGUCCACGCUAACUUAUGUUUUGUUUUAUAUACAAAUGUACAUCUAUUGAGAGAAUCCUCAGUCCCCCCCCCCGAGAUGAGAGGUGCGCAGUAACCCCUCUGUAGGGAUGGUCCCUACUAGGGGUGUAACGAUACAUUUUGUUUUGGUUCCGUUCGGUUUUCGGUUUUUACUCUUCGGUUUGGUUCAUUCGGUUCGGUUAUUUUCAGUAGUAAAAAAUUUAAAAUGCUGAGCAGAUUGGGAAAUUUUCCCUCCAUUUUGAAUAAUAAUAAUAAUACCUAUCAUAAUAUUAUACAUUUAUUGUGUUAUUCAUUGGCCAAAAGUGUGAGGGACGGGGCUUGGCGUAAGUGCUGAGCUGUUUGCUUGCCGUGUGCGCCCCCCUAACUGAGAGUGGGUUGAAUGUAUUUCCCGGAACCGAACCAAGAACCGAAACG